AUGCAUUUAGCUGGCUGGCCUCGUGGUACUGCAGAGAAAUUCCUGCAUCCUGCACCUGCCUCAAAAACCAUAACUCUAUAUCCUCUGAAGAGCUACAGCUUUGGAACAAAGGAGCCUAAUUAUGAACGCGAUCGUAGUGUGCCCGCGCGUUUCCAGAGACUGCAGGAGGAUUUCGAGAAAUAUGGUAUGAGGCACUCCGUUGAGGGUGUCCUCUUGGUUCACGAGCAUAACCUGCCCCACGUCUUACUACUCCAGUUGGGGACGUUUUUUAAACUCCCGGGUGGCGAGUUGCAUCCUGGGGAAGAAGAAAUGGAGGGUCUUAAGCGGUUGCUCUCUGAUAUGCUUGGCCGAACAGACGGUGUGCCGGUUGAAUGGACUCCAGAGGAAUGUAUCGGGAACUGGUGGCGUCCGAACUUCGAGCCUCCGCGUUACCCCUAUAUCCCAGCUCACGUCACCAAACCCAAGGAGCACACUCGUCUGUAUCUCAUCCAACUCCCUGAAAAAACCCUUUUUGCCGUUCCCUCGAACUACAAACUGGUUGCCGCGCCUCUUUUUGAAUUAUUCGACAACUCGCGCGCCUACGGGCCCAUCAUAUCGUCCCUUCCCCAAGUCCUCAGUCGGUACGUUUUGGUUGUGGUGUCAUAUAUUCACCACAUGUUGCUUUAG